ACAAUUAAAACAAGGAAGAAAAAAAGAUAGCGCCGCGAUUACCUUCCCAACCAUUUUCCUUUCCUUUUCCUCUUCUCUGAAAAAUAAUUUUUCUUUUUUUCCUUCCCAUUUUCUAUUCAAUCAUUCCUUUCUCUCCCGGGAAUUCUGCAUCAAUUCGCCUGCUUUUUAAUUAAAGGUAACAUAUUCAUGGUGUUUUGGUUUUUAACAGAAUACACGCGUACGUUUGUGUGGCCAUAUACUUAUGAUCCUUUGGUGGGUUUUUAACAACUGAUUUCCACUUUCUGAUUUUUUAUUAUGAUUAAUGUAAAAAUUUUGAUGAAAUUCUUGGUGCAUAUUUUACAUGUUUGCUUAAUAUGUCAGUUUAAUAGCUUGCAUGCUCAUUUAUUGUUAUUGGGCUCGAAAUAUACUGCUCUUAAUUAAUUAAAUUUUCUUGAUGCUUAUGGAUUGUUUUCCUCCCCGUGCUAAUGAGAAAGGGAAAUUAAAUUAUGAUGUAUCUGAAGAAGAAAUUAUUUGACUCACUACAAGUUUCAUAAAGGCCGCUUUUUGUCAGCUAAUUGAGAAAAUUUUUGGCAUAUGUGCGACAGAUAUAUCCCCGUAUGCAACAAAAACUACCCGUUUUGAAGGAUAAAUUUGGGAGUCUUGUUUACCAGUCUUGCUCCUGAUAGGCCUUUCUAAAUAUUUUCCUUAUGAUUUCCCAGGUUAAACAGUACCUGCAAGUGAUGGUAUUCUAUAGAGAUGAUUAAGUUGCUGCAUCAUAUAAUUGUUUUUCUGAUGUACAGAAUCAACUGGAGAAAAUUGUUUUUUAUUGGUUCAGUUCUUACAAUAAGUAGUGUUUUUAUACAAAUUUCUACCCUUCCUUACCCACUGAAAGAAUGGAUUUUCCCACCUUCCACAGUAGUUUCAUCUUUUGAACCUUUGAACACUACUACAAUGGGUGACGGUUUUGAAACCGUUCAUAAUGCCACCGUGAUUGUUUCAUUUAAUUCUUCUUCCAAAGUCAAUGAAUUAGUGCUAGAAACCGAGGAGGCAGAAAAAGAUUUUAGGAGGAGAAUGCAAAGAACCAAUAAAAAUUCCACAAGUAAAGUUUCUCCACCAUUUUCACCUUCACCUGUCCAAAAAAUGGCUAAUAACCCGCUGAGAUACCUAUCAUCUUCAACACCAGAUGAGGCCCUUGCAUUUGCUAAAAGAGAGACUGAAAAUGCCCCACUGGUUAGUGAUGAUCCAGAACUAUAUGCUCCCUUAUUCCGAAAUGUUUCUACUUUCAAAAGGAGCUACGAGCUGAUGGAACAGAUACUAAAAGUUUACAUAUACAAAGAAGGAAAAAGGCCCAUUUUCCACCAUCCUUAUCUCAGAGGAAUUUACUCAUCUGAAGGAUGGUUUAUGAAGUUGAUGGAAGAAAACAGGAAAUUUGUAACGAAGGACCCAGAAAUGGCUCACUUGUUUUAUCUUCCAUAUAGUGCACGCCAGUUACAGAAGGCUCUCUAUGUCCCUGACUCACAUGAUCUAAAGCCAUUAUCGAUCAUUCUUAAAGACUAUGUGAAUAUGCUUGCUGCAAAGUAUCCUUUCUGGAACCGCACUCAUGGAUCAAAUCAUUUUCUCGUAGCUUGUCAUGAUUGGGGACCAUAUAUUUUGAAGGAGCACAAGGAGCUUCAGAGAAACACUAUAAAAGCUCUCUGCAAUGCUGAUGUCUCAGAAGGAGUCUUUAUU